AUGAAAGCUGAUAGACCAAAGGAAAAUUUGAAAUGGGUACCACCCCCUAAAGGCUGGUUCAAAGCUAAUGUUGAUGGAACCAUCUUCAAAGAAACUAAUAAAGCAGGCAUAGGUGUGGUGGUGCGUGACAGUCAAGGAUGGGUGCUAGCUGCUUUGACAGAGAAAGUGGAUGGUGUUCAAGAUGCAGAGGUCAUUGAGGCAUUGGCUAUCCGGCGAGCUAUCAGGUUUGCAAUUGAAACUAGCUUUAAUUGUGUUAUAAUUGAGAGUGACUCACUCUCGAUGGUUAAAGCUAUCCAAGAUACUGCCGAAUCUACUUGUCAUAUUGGAAACAUCAUAGAUGACGUGAAGCUUUUGUCAAAGGCCUUGAAAAGCUGUGAAUUUCAUCACACAAAGAGGGAGGCAAACCAUGUUGCUCACACUCUGGCCCGCAAUGCUAUUCAUGUUGACACAGAGAUGGCCUGA